AUGUCUGAAACCGCCGAAAUCGCCCAUGCCAUCGCUGGUGCCGGUGGUGGAGCGUUGGCCAUGAUUGUCACGUAUCCUUUGGUGACAUUAUCGACAUUGGCUCAAACAGCACAAAAGAAGAAGAGUCAGGAACCAAGUAAGGCUCCGAAGUCAUCUAUAAGUUUGACCACGAGAGAACAAAUCGUCUCUGCCAUAUCCAAGAGUCCUACUUUUGUAGCUGCCCAGGAAAUCAUUAAGGAAAAAGGGCCCUUGGGCUUGUACGCUGGUUUGGAGAGUGCCUUAUACGGUAUAACCUUGACCAACUUUAUCUAUUACUAUUUUUAUGAACUCACGACCAACUUCUUUUUGACUCCUAGAGCCAAGAAACUGGGCAAAGGAUUGACAGCUAUCCAGUCAAUUAUUGCUGGUGCUGUUGCUGGUGCCAUAACUUGUGUUGGAUCCAAUCCGUUCUGGGUGGCUAACACCAGAAUGAUGACUGAAAAGAACUCAGGAAAGACUAAAAACUCUUCUGCCUUUGCAACAAUCUUGGACAUUAUCGAAAAGGACGGCGUAGGAACCUUGUUCGCCGGUGUACUUCCAGCAUUGGUCUUGGUCAUCAACCCAAUUAUUCAAUAUACCAUAUUUGAACAAAUCAAGAAUGUCAUUGUUGCUAAGAAUGGUGCCAAGUCUUUCACUGCUGGAAAGGCUUUCUUUAUUGGAGCUUUUGGUAAGUUGAUUGCAACUUUCUUGACCUACCCAUACAUCACCUUGAAGGCAAGAAUGCACAUCAAAAAGAGGGCCAAGGACGGUGAAGAAAAGGAAGAAUUAUCGAUGUAUGAGGAAAUCAAGAAAAUCAUCAGAGAAGAAGGAUUGGAAGGUUUGUAUGCUGGUUUGUCCGUCAAAUUAUUCCAAUCGAUCAGUACUGCUGCAUUCCUUUUCUACUUCAAGGAAGAAUUAUUGUCAGGAAGUGUCCAAUUAGUGAACAUAAUUACAAUGUUCAAGGUCAAAAAGCAGAUCAAGCAGUAA